AUGGGGAUGGACAGGCUGUCAAGCAACCAUAUUGUUAUUGAUUAUGGAUGGCACAAAGUGAUAUUCCUAGAGAUAGAAGGACUCGAGUUGAUAUUGACUCAAAAAGCGCUGAAAGAGAUGGAAGUUGGAGCUACUUGCUUCAUGAUAGUGGCUCAAGCGGAAAAGAAGAGCACAACUGAGCAAAUUAGAAGCAUUCCAAUGGUAGACAAGUAUGUCAAUUUUUUCCCAAAUGAAGUGCUUGGAUUAUCGCCAAGUAGGGAUGUCGAUUUCACCAUUGAUACCAUCCCUGAAGCUAGCCCAGUAUCCGUGACACCGUAUAGAAUGGCACCGGUAGAAUUAGUUGAGCUGAAGAAGAAGAUAGAGGAUCUGUUAGAGAAAAAGUUCAUCCAACUAAGUUCAUCGCCAUGGGGAGUGUAA